UCUGAAUUAAACACGAUGAUGUAUGAAUGUGAUCAUAAAAUGUAAAAACCGACGCGAGUCUUUAAUCCCCGGAACUAAAAGUGCGACAAGAGUUUCCAGCCGGACAUAUUUUCAGCUGGACCGGCAUGGUUUUACGGGUGUGCAUACAGCGGGUGUUCCGAUGGACCUGCCGGAUAACACCAGAGCCAUUUUUCUUUCGCUGUACGCGUGCUGUCAGUUUUGAGAAGCGGAAUGGGAGCCUGUCAGUUUUUAUGCUCAGGCGUAUUUGCUCUAAAUCCGAUGGUGUGCUUCAAGAGAUUGACAGCCGGCUGCAGAAGCCUUUACGUCGGCCUGUCAGGGAGGAGGUACUGCCAGCCCUAGUACAGCUCGGUUUCUCAGAAGAUCAGGCUGAACUGCUCCUGAAUGGAGCCUGCAAUAACCGAGCCGGUCAAACGGUGGCGCUGCACCUGUGCGGCAUUUCACACCUGGUGUCCCUAGGCCUCAAGUCUUCGAGCAUCCUGAAGGUUCUUGAGAAGUGUCCCAAACUGUAUCGGGUGAAGGGCACACAGAUGCAGCAGCGAAUCGACAAUCUACGAAAGCUGGGAUUAGUGGAAGGCAGCCUGCAGAGGGUGAUCAGCCAGUGUCCAACACUCCUUACUCUGCCCCCAAAGAGGUUAAACCUGGUGUGCCGCUGUCUGCAGGAGAAGUGCCUCUUCACCAGCCAGCAGGUCACAGAGAUACUGCGGGACUUCCCGAGCACCAUGCUGGAGGAUGCCGCCCAGCUCGAGUACAAGUUUCAGUAUGCCUAUUUCCGCAUGGGGCUCCGACAGGCUGAGAUGGUGCGUUCCGGACUGUUCCGCGUCUCGCUGGAGGACCUCAGCUGCCGGCACAGCUUCUUGGAGCGCCGCGGCCAGUACCAGACGCCCGACAAGAAAGGGCAGACUCGCAUCGCGAACCCCAGCCUCAAAGACGUCAUCUGUCCAUCAGAGGACACGUUCCUUAGCCGAGUUGCCCAGGCAACGCAAGAGGAGUUUGAAGUGUUCCGGAAGCUGCUGGUAAGGGAGCAGGAGGCGGAGGAGGAGGAUGAGGAAGAGCUGCAGUUGAUCAGCGAAGAGGAAGAUAGUGAAGCGGAAGAUGAAGAUGUGGAAGGGCACGGAAGCGAGAAGAGGAGAAGCACAAACCAUCGAAGGAGAGGAAAAUGAGUGAGACGGGGCGAUAUAGGGGAGAGAAAAAGAUUGUACAAUAAAAUAAAGGCAAAAUAAAUCGGAAGAGAAAUUCAGUU